UAAACCGAUAAUUUGCAUAAGUUCGCUGAAAUCAAGAACGCAAUGACUUUAAAUUGAAAAACAAGAAGAUGUCCGCUGCUAAGUACCUGAAAACCUCCACAGGAAAACCUGGAGAGGAUCUGGACGAGUCUCUGCACAUCAGACAUCCUUUCGAGGUGGUGUUCAGUCAACAACCAACGGAUGAUAAUAAUAGGGAGAAACCCACUUCCUUACUCACGUCAUCAGCGGUUCCAGAAUAUUCUGAUAGAUGGGACUCUGCAGGCAAUGGCAAACUGGCAAUCUUCACCAGCGCCGGGGUGACAGCCUCCGAAAAGAUAGCCGGCUACGAUAUGGAUGGCACCAUCAUUAAAACGAAAUCUGGAUGGGAUUUCCCCGAAGAUAUCUAUGACUGGCAGAUCAUAUUCCCCGAGGUCCCGGAGAAACUUAAAAGUCUCCAUAAUAAUGGGUUUAAGAUUUGCUUCUUUACCAAUCAACGCGGGAUAGCUCGCGGGGAAAUAGAACUAGAUGAUUUUAAGGUCAAGAUCAAGCAAAUCGUGACUGAACUAGGGGUUCCCAUCCAAGUAUUCAUAGCCAUAGGCGAUGGGUUCUAUCGGAAACCACUAACUGGAAUGUGGCAGCACUUGAAGAGUGAAAUGAAUCAGGGUAUAGAGAUUCAGGAAGACCGCUGUUUCUUCGUGGGCGAUGCAGCUGGAAGACCGGAAAAAGACGGAGAAGUCACCAAGCGACGCGAGGAUCACUCCCUUGCAGAUAGACUCUUUGCCGCCAACAUUGGACUCACUUUCUACACUCCAGAGGUUCAUUUCCUGGGCCAACAAGUGGAGGAGUGGAUUAAGCCGGACUUUGAUCCCACUAGCCUCCAGGAUCAGGUGACUCUCUUCGAGCCAGAUGAUCUGACGUUCAAGGAUCACCCCUGCGAAAUGGUCAUCAUGGUGGGUCUGCCGGGUUCAGGAAAGAGCCACUUUUGUGCCACCUUUCUCCAAUCGCUGGGCUACAAGAUCAUCAAUGCAGAAACCUUGGGAAGCACUCGAAGCUGGCCAGUUGCCUGUAAAGGUUUUCUGCGCUUAGGUCAAUCCUGUGUGGUGGACAACACCAAUAUAGAUGUGGCAUCCCGCCAGAAGUUCCUGCAGGUGGCCAGCGAAAUGAAGGUUCCCUGUCGCUGUCUUGUGAUGAAUGUUCCUUUGGCCCAGGUGAGGCACAACCUGGCAUUCCGAGAGUUAACAGACUCCGGGAUCUCCAGGGUCAGGAACUCGGUCUUUGAAAUAAUGGAAUACAAGUACCAGGAGCCAGUCGUAGAAGAGGGAUUCCUGUCCAUACAUAAGGUGAACUUUAGGCCUGCGUUCGCCGAUGAAAAGCUGGAAAGGCUUUACAAAAUGUACUUGUUGGAGGAAUUGGGAAGUCAGGAAAGUUGUAUUUAA